AUGGAUGACGACAAGUUCGAUCUGUACAGUGACGAUCUGUACUCGGAUGUCCUGGGCAAAGCCGAAGAUGAGCAGCACGACAAGCAGGAGCCCGUCUCCGACUCCCUGAAUGCCGAUGCGAGCGGUGCCUCAGCAUCCACCACCGCCGGCUCGGGCAAGCGUCAACGAGCCGACUCGAUCGACGAGAAGCCAUCCACCUCGACGGCGUCUUCUUCGCAAGCACAGCCGGCGCAGUCGUCCAGCAGCGCGUCUGCGCCGUACACAUCAUCGUAUCAGCGCCACCAGGAUGAGCCCAUGGCAGCGUCGUCGUCGCUUCCACCGCAUCCGUCGUCAUCCACCGCCCCUCCCGUACGCAGCACCAUGUCCACGCUCGCCGGGCGACCCAAGGUGACGGAUCCGAACGUGCAAAACGCGGUGUACAUUGGCGAUCUCAACUGGUGGUCUACGGACGAAGAGAUCCGUCAGAUCGCCGCGUCCGUCGGCGUACCGCUCAGCCUCAACGACAUUACGUUCUCCGAGCACAAGGUCAACGGCAAGAGCAAGGGCGUCGCGUACAUCGAGACCGACAGCGAGACCGACGCGCGCAAGAUCAAGACAUGGUUCGACGAGAACGACUUCCAGUUCCGCCGCGCCAACGUGACGCUGACGACGAGUGCGAAUGGCAACCCCUUCCGCACGCUGCCCAAGGAUCCGCUGCCCAAGAACGAGCGUUCGCAGCGCGGCGGAAUGGGCGCGGGCGCAGGACGCGGUGGAAGGGACGGAGGUAUGGGCGGUAGGGGGCCACCGCCUCCUAUGGCCGGUGCGCCGAUUCGAAUGGGCGGCAAUGCAGCACCGCCCAUGGGACUCAUGAACCCCAUGAUGAUGGGUAUGAUGGGCGCAGGCGGGCCGGGCACAGGAUCCAAUGGCGGAGGCAUGGCUUCCGGUGCGAAUCGCUCCUACGGUCGAGGCGGUGGACGAGGCGGAGGCAAUGGCUGGGGCAACCGUGGCGGUCGUGGUGCAUCAUCCGCCGGCAAUGGCGGUGGAGGAGGCCACUUCAACCCCAACUUUUUCGGAAUGGCUCCGGGAGGCAUGAUGGGCAUGCCCAUGCAGAUGGGCGGUGCCAUGCCAAUGCAAGGACUCCCCAAUCCGCCCAAUGCAGCCCAGCACGACGACCGAGAACGCAAACGUCACCGCAUGGAAGAAAAAUAA